UAUGCCGUACCAGAACAGAAGCCUGUGAUCGUGUGUAGCAUAAGCAUAUAUCCAAAAUAAAUUGCCGUCGUAGCCUCCUCAUAGUAUAAGAUGAAAACUUCCAGAAGCAGAAAUUGCUCUUGACUUAAUAACUCUGUUACAAACCCUCACUUCCAUCAUUUGGCCAAAAGCGUCUGCAGCGCACCAUUUGCCAGUCCAGUGUACCCCACCGUCAUAAUCCAUCGACUCCGCCAUAAUGCGCUCAACAUCCACUAUCACCACGCCCGACGGCAUAACCUGGUACUUCGAACAAGAAGGUACCGGCCCGCACAUAGUGCUCAUUCCCGACGGCCUAGGAGACUGCCACAUGUUUAAGAAGCCCCUAUCCCUGAUAGCCAAUAGUGGAUUCACCGUCACCACCUUCGACAACCCGGGUCUAUCCCGGUCCUCCAACGCACCACCCGAAACAUACCAAAACUUCACCCCUCACAAGCUCGCAGGCCAGGUUUUCAGUUUGCUGGACAAUCUGCACAUCGACAUCGCCACAUUCUGGGGCUGCAGUUCGGGCGGCGCGGUGGUUUUGGCACUGGCGGAUAAUUACCCCGAGCGCGUGCGCAAUGGAAUGCCGCAUGAAGUCCCAACUUAUGCGUUCAAAGCUUUACUGGAUCUUCUUGAAGAAGACAACAUGACCAUAUCCUCUAAGAUGAAAGAUUUCGUGCCCUCAGGUCUCGUAGGCAAUGUCUCGGCGCGGGACGCGCUGGGGCCGGAUUGCCAUGCGAGAUUGUGGAAGAACUACCGGCGGUUCAUUCGUGAGUAUGUUUCCACGUUUUCGCGGAGCUCGCCCAUACGUCUGGAAGGUUUGAGGAAGAGGCCACUGGAUUGGAGUGUCGGGGCGAAGACGCCGACGGCGGCAUUUUUGGAUAAUAUUGUUGUGGCUACAAGGGCUGGAGUUGGGGUUACGGCGUUGUCGGGUAUGCAUUAUCCGUACGUGACGGAUUUUGAGGAGUUUGCAAGGUAUGUGGUGGAUACGACGAGGAAAUACUUGUGAAGACUUGAAUACUUGCGGAGAGGUGAGUUUUGGCCUGGCUCUGAGCAGGCUCGCGGGCAUGAUAAAGCAGCAUAAUUCAAUGGCUGCCAUCAACUCCGAAAUAUAUGGGAGGAGGGGCCGGAAUAG